AUGAUUCGCUUCAAGCGUGUGGGCAAGAAGAGGAAGGAGGAGGAGGCCAGCAGCUCCCCGCCGGCGAAGCCCUCUUUCCUGCUGCUGCGGCGGGGCGGGCAGGCGGCCGAGGACGGCGCGUCCCUCUUCCGCCGGCGCCCGGAAAGGAAAUUCAAGCCACGGGCGCAAGUGCUGAGCAAAGCGGCCGCCGCCACGGGCUGGCUGGCCAGGAAGGUGCUCUCCCGGCGCGGGAGGCUGGUGGGGGGUAGCCGGGCACCCGACCCGGCCUGGCUCUCCCGUAUCGGUGCCAGGAAGCUGCCGUUCCCUGCGGAAGACGAGAUCCUCAGGCACCGGGCCAACAUGAAGCGGGUCUCCACCGGCAGCAGGCAGUCGUCCCGCGGCUCGGCGCGGCGCGGCCAGGAGAGGCACGGCAGCAUGGCGAGGCGCCCGUCGUCCCGGCGGCGCUCCCAGCGCUCCUCGGCGGAGCCGCCGGUGCUGCGCUACGGGUGGGCCAAGGAGGAGGAUGGAGCCUACAGCCGCCGGCGUGGCUACGCCAAGAAGGAAGACGGAGCCUACGGCUCUCGCCACGGCUACGCCAAGAAGGAAGACGGAGCCCACGGCCCCCGGCGCGGCUACACCGAGGAGGAGGACGGAGCCUACGGCCCCUGGGAUGGCUACGCUGAGGAGGAGGAAGGCUACAUCCAAAACCCAGCCUACCCGGCGCCGUACGGCUUCGAGGACGAGGUGCCAAGUCCCUACGCUGAUUAUCCCGGCUACGAGACGGAGGACGAGUACGGCUUCUACGGGGGAGCUUGGGAUGAGGGUGACCCGCCGGGACCCCCCUACGGCUACGGGGAGCUGGAGGAUGAGGGACCGUACGGCGACGGGUCCGCCCUCGCCCUCUACGACCCUUACGGCAGUGACCCGGAGUACAGCGAGGAGGUGACGGGGCCCUUCGGCUAUGGGGGGGACCCCUACGAAGACUUUGGGGAGCCCCUCGCCGGGGGGUACGCGGGGGGGGAGUACCCCGAGCAUCGCAUCCAGUAUAGCGAGGGGGGGUGGGCGUCACACGCCCAGUCCUCCUGUAACCCCUAUGCCCUGGGCCUGGAGGAGAUUGCUGAGGGUGAGGACCCGGAGGAGUGGGAUGAAGAGGAGGAGGAGGAGGAGGGGGAGUACCCCUUCUCCAUCCUCAACGCCUCCUCGCUGCGAGGCAUGCGGGAGACGCUCUCCUCCAAGCUCUCCCUCAAUAGGAAAUUCAGGCUCUUCCCCCGGCCCCAGGUCAAGAUUUUUGGUAAGGACCGCCUGGAUGUCCCCCUCCUGCCGUCCCCCCACCUGCCCACCACCCACGACGAGGAUGACUACGACGAGUACGAGCCGCCGGCGGCAGCCCCGGGACGCUGGGUUUCGGCAGCGCGGGCGUGCGGGAGCCCGCUGGGGCAGUUCCUCCAGCGUUCCCUCUCGCAGCCCAGCGCCCGCCCGCCGCGGGGUGCGGGGGCAUUUCGGAACCCCCGCACCCCCCAGCCUUCCUAUAGACGUUCCGGUCGCAGGCUGGGGGGGAUGGAGGGCGCCGGCGCAGGGGGCCGGGACCCUUCCCCGCCGGUGGGGCCCUGGGGGCAGCGGCUGUCGCUCCGUAACCCCUUCGCCAACCCCGGGGGGUCCCUCUCGCCGCCCCCGCCAGCCCGCCAGCACCCCGGCAGCAUGCGGGGCGAGGGGCCGCGCCGAUCCCACUCCCUUGGGUCCAGCUUCCGACGCUUCGGCCCUGAGCUCCCCGCCCUGCCGCCGGCUGCCCCCCAUUCCCCGGGGCCGGUGGGGAGGCGUUUGGGGGUGCCCGCGGUGGGGUCGGGGAGACCCGUGUCGCCGCGGCCGUCGCGGCGGAGCAGCCCCCCCGGCUUGCCGCUCCCCCAAGCCUGGCCCCGGCUUCCCGAGCCCCCCACGAAAGCCGUGAAGCCGCUGCAGAGGGCCCCCUUCCUGGCACCCGCCCCCCGCCCUGGCAGCCGCCGCCUUGGCCCCCCCGGCCCCUCCUGGGAUGAGGAGCUGCCCCCCUGGCAGGGUGCUGGGCGGAGCCUCGCCGGGGUGCCCCCCCCAUCCAGCCCUGCUCCCAGCACCCCCAAAAGCUUCAUCCAGCGCAUCGGGCAGCCCCUCGCCGGGAUGGCCCCCCACUCCCCCCUGGCCGAAGCGGGGAGCCGCAGCCCCUCUCCAGGGCGCUCGACAGUGCGGUCCCUGGCGUCGCUGCUUGUGGGGAGCAUGAACCCCACCGGAGCCCCCCCGUCCUCACCGCCCACCCGCCGUCCCUCCUCCCGCUCCCCGCCCUGGCCCCGGCAUCCAUCCCAGCGCGAUGGGAGCACCCGCAGAUCACCGAGCCCGCCGGCGGGACGCCGGGGCUGGGCCGAGACCGGGCGCCCCAACCUCCCCUCCAUCUCGCGUGGCGACCGGAGCCCCUCGCCGCAGCGUCGCACCCCUUUCCCCCCGCCCCGCGGGCGAGCCCCCGGCUCGCCGACCUCCCUCCGUCGUCACUCUGUUCGCGGCCUGGGGCCAGCGGAAGCCGUCGAGGGCGACGGGGAGGAGGGCGCGGGACGCUACGCGGUGGUGACGCCGCAGGUGCAGAGGUUGGGCUCCUUCCGACGGGCGUCCCGCAUGUACAAGCAGCACUGGUCCAAGCAGCACGUCGUGCGGGUGCGGGAGAUGCCCGACGCCUGGACGACCGAGCAGGGUUUUCCCCGGCAGCCCACCCAGCGCAGCCGGCGGUGGGCGAGCCAGCGGGGAUCCGACAUCACCCGAUACCUGAACCAACGCUCGCCGGCGGGCGGCUGGCGGGACAGGCACCCCUGGGCGGACGGGUACCUGGGCACCAAGCAGCCCUGGCGCAACAAGAUGCAGUCGCUGUGCAGCCUGCCCAUCAUGCGGUACCAGGAGCCGCAGAAGGAGGACGGGCUGGAGGACAUGACCCAGCUGGAGGACCUCCAGGAGGCCGCGGUGCUGAGCAACAUCCGGACACGGUUUGAGCGCCAGCUCAUCUAUACCUACAUCGGCAGCAUCCUGGUGUCGGUGAACCCGUACCGGCUCUACAACAUCUACGAGAUGGAGCAGGUGCUGCAGUACGAAGGCAGAGCCCUGGGCGAGAACCCGCCGCACCUCUUUGCCAUCGCGAACGUCGCCUACUCCAAAGUGUUGGAUGCCAAACACAACCAGUGUAUCGUCAUCAGUGGGGAGAGCGGCUCGGGGAAGACAGAAGCCACCAAACUGAUCCUGCGCUUCCUGGCAGCCGUCAGCCAGAAACGCAGCAAUGCCCCGCAGAUCCUGGAGGCGACCCCCUUGCUGGAAUCCUUCGGCAACGCCAAAACUGUGAGGAACGACAAUUCCAGCAGGUUUGGGAAAUUUGUGGAGAUCUUUCUGGAGGACGGUUUGAUCUGCGGUGCCAUAACCUCGCAGUACCUGCUGGAGAAGUCCCGUGUGGUCUUCCAGUCCAAGACCGAACGCAAUUAUCACAUCUUCUACGAGAUGCUGGCAGGGCUGCCUGCCCAGCAGCGGCAGCGGUACUUCCUGCAGGGCGCUGAGACCUACUACUACUUGAACCAGGGUGGGAACUGCGAGAUCCCCGGCAAGGACGACGCGGAGGAUUUCCACCGGCUCCUCAACACCAUGGAGGUGCUGAGCUUCAGCGUGGAGGAGCAGAACAGCAUCUUCCGCAUCCUCUCCUCCGUCCUCCACCUGGGCAACGUCUACUUUGAGAAAUACGAGACCGACUGCCAGGAGGUCGCCAUGGUGGUGAGCGCCGCGGAGAUCCGGACAGUGGCUGAGCUGCUGCAGGUCUCCCCCGAGGGCCUGCAGAAAGCCAUCACCUUCAAGGUGACGGAAACGCAGCGAGAAAAGAUUUUUACCCCUCUGACUGUCGAAAGCGCCGUGGAUGCCAGGGAUGCCAUUGCCAAGACUCUCUACUCCCUGCUCUUCGCCUGGCUCACAGACCGCAUCAACAAGUUGGUGUACCCGCGGCAGGAGGCCCUUUCCAUCGCCAUCCUCGACAUCUACGGCUUCGAGGACCUCAACUUCAACAGCUUCGAGCAAUUGUGCAUCAACUACGCCAACGAGUACCUGCAAUCCUUCUUCAACAAGAUCGUCUUCCAGGAGGAGCAGGAGGAGUACAUCCGGGAGCAGAUCGAGUGGAAGGAGAUCCCCUUCAGCGACAACCAGCCCUGCAUCGACCUCAUCUCCCAAAAGCCCUACGGCAUCCUCCGGAUCCUCGAUGACCAGAGCUGCUUCCCCCAGGCCACUGACCACACGUUCCUCCAGAAGUGUCACUACCACCACGGGACAAACCCGCUGUACACGAAGCCGAAGAUGCCGCUGCCCGAGUUCACCAUCAAGCACUAUGCGGGGAGGGUGACCUACCAGGUUCACAAAUUUUUGGAUAAAAACUACGACCAGGUCCGUCAGGAUGUGCUGGACCUGUUUAUCAGCAGCAGGACCAAGGUGGUGGCCAACCUCUUCUUCGGCCAUGCCCAGGUGGUGGCCCGGCAGAGGAGCCUGAUCAGGAGGAGCAGCACCAGGACACGGCGGUACAAGGCCCCCACCGUGGCUGCCCGGUUCCAGCAGUCGCUCCUGGAGCUGGUGGAAAGGAUGGAGAGGUGCAACCCUUUCUUCGUGCGCUGUCUCAAACCCAACAACAAGAAGGAGCCGGGGCUCUUCGAGGCCGACGUGGUCAGCAGCCAGCUGCGGUACUCGGGGAUCCUGGAGACCAUCCGCAUCCGCAAGGAAGGCUUCCCCAUCCGCAUCCCCUUCCUCGUCUUCAUCGACAGGUACCGCUGCCUCGUCGAUAUGUGGUCCAACGUCAUUCCCACCGGGGCCAACUGCGUGGAGAUGCUGAGGAACCUCUGCCCCGUCAACCCCAGCAUGUACUAUGUCGGCGUGAGCAAGCUCUUCCUGAAGGAGCAGCUCUACCAGGCGCUGGAGAGCAAGCGGUCCCGUGCCCAUCACCUGGCCGCGCUCACGCUCCAGCGCUAUGCUCGCACCUUCUUCAUCAAGAGGCGCUUCCGCUCCCUCCGCCGAAAGAUCGUCCUCCUGCAAACCCGGGCGCGGGGCUACCUGGCCAGGCAGCGGUACCGGCGCAUGAGGCGCACGCUCAUCAAGUUCAGGUCGCUGGUGCACAUCUACGUGAACCGCCGGCGGUACCUCAAGAGGAAGGAGGACGCUCGCCGGCGGGCAGAGGAGGAGAAGGAGAGGAUGAAGCAGGAGCUGACGAGGAGGGAGGUGGUGGAUGUCACCCACCUGGAGAUCCCGGCCGAGCUGAUGGGGCUGCUGGAGGCCGCCAUAGCCACCCAGGAGGUGAACGCCGGUUGCGUGGUCCUGGUGCCACCGCCAGCUCUUCAGCCCGACUCCCAGCUCACCCUCCCACUCGACAUCAACGACUACCCCAUGGUCAAGUACGUGCGGGGCCACUUCCAGGAACCAGCGUUCGGGAUGCUGACAGCCCCACUGGUGACCCCCCUCACCCGGCUGGACGAGGAGCUGUGCCACGAGGCGCUUAGCCUCUUCCGGCUGAUCCUGCGGUUCAUGGGGGACCCAGGGCUGGGCGGCUCACAGGAGACCCUCUUCGGCAACUACAUCGUGCAGAAGGGGCUGUCGGUGCCGGGGCUGCGGGACGAGCUCCUGGCACAAGCCGCCAACCAGGUCUGGCGUAACACCAACGUCAACAACGAGGAGCGGGGCUGGCUGCUGCUGGCUGCCUGCCUCAGUGCCUUCCCCCCCUCCACCGCCUUCGACAAGUACCUGCUCAAGUUUGUCUCCGACUACGCCUUUGCCGGCUACAAGCCGGUGUGCCAGCGCAAGCUGAUGCACGCCAUGGCACGGUCGCAGCUGGGCGCCGCGGCCGCCCGCGCUUACCCGCCCUCGCUGCUGGAGUGGACGGCGAACCGGCAGCAAGCCAGCAUGGCGCUCGACCUCCACUGCUUCAACGGCGACCAGUUCUCCUGCCAAGUCCACUCCUGGAGCACGGGCGAGGAUCUUGCAGGGGAUGUCCUGAAGCACAGGGGGCUGAUGGAUGGCUGGCGUGGCUGGUCCGUGGCCAUGAAGGCGGGUGCCCAGUGGGCCGAGCUGGCCGGCCAUGACUAUGUCCUCGACCUCAUCUCUGAUCUCGAGCUGCUCCAGGGCUUCCCCAAACAGAAGUCCUGCUUCCUUGUCGCAUGGGAGGGGACUGAGAGCCACGGCAGGGACAGCCGGGCGGUGCUGGGACACGACUUGGAUUUGGAUGAAGUGCCUCCUCCUCCAGCUGUGAAAGCCCCCACGCUGCCAUCCACGGAGGCAUACCACCCCCAUGACGGGGAAUUUGGGGAGCAGCGCAGCCAGAAGGGGCUGGACCGGUACCUGGACAGCCUCUUCGACCCCGUGCUCUCCUACGGCAAUGGGGAGCUGGAGAAGCCAGCCGCCGUCUCGCAGAGGAUGAAGGGAGGAGGUGGCACAGGAGGGGGGGACAGCGGCGGUGACGCCGAGCGGAGUGGCCCCCCUGUUCCUGCCGAGACCCAUCAGCCGAGGGGCGCGGAGCCAGCCCCAGCCCCACAGCACAGGGCAGAUAUCAACCAGCCGCCUGGGCCCCCAGUCAGUGGGGUAAGGUUGGGGGGGUACUGGGAGGGGUCGAGCCCUACCCAGUAUCUGCUGUGGGGGAAGCUCGGGGGGUGGUGGGUGCUCACGGUGAGGUGUCCCUCGCAGGGCAGAGCAGCGGAGGGGACGCCAGCCCGUGCCCCCCAGCCCCGGCCCUACUUGCAGAAAUCUGCACCCGUGGGCCAGCGAUGGCCGGGUGAGCUGGUGCGGCAUUCCCGGCUCAACUCGGAGCAAUUCCCGCGGCCCACGCACGACAUCCGCAACAUCAUCCGGCAGUGCCAGCCGGCCCCGCGCGGCUCCCAGCCCCCCAGCAAACUCUUUGGGAAGAAGCUGGACCCCCACGAGGAAGCCAUGCAGAUCCUGAAGGAGCAGCUCUCAGCAGCCCGGGUGCCGGCGGCUGUGGGGCCCAAGGAGACGGUGGCCGCAGUGAAGCCGGUCACCAGCAGCAGGUACCGGCUGCGAUCAUCGAUGAGGCGGCCGGCGGCCACCCGGCCCCCAGUUUUCGUCUCACGGGAGCUCCCAUCCGAGGCGCAGCAGGUCCAGACCCAGCUGCACCGGAGCUGCAAUGAGGACUUCUACAGCUACCACAACGUGCCCUGGAAAAUAUACAUCCGCAAAGAGGUUUUCUACCCCAAGGACAGCAUCAACAACCCGCUGCUGCUCGACCUCAUCUUCCGGCAGAUCUUCAGCGACACGCUGUCCGACACCUGCAUCCGGAUCAGCCAUGAGGAGCGGCUCCGCUUGAAAUCCCUCUUCGCGGCGAACAAACUGGACUCCUUCAGCCCCGUGGCCACGGAGAGCGUCAAGAGGGAGAUCAUCGCCACGGCCCGGGAUGGCUGCGAGGUUUAUUUUUCACGCCUCUUCCCCGCCACGGGCAGCGUGGGGACAGGCGUGCAGAUCGUGGCCGUGUCCCACGCUGGUGUCAAGCUGCUGCGGCUGAUGAAAGGCACCAACGUCCCUGGGGAGCAGCUGAGGGUGCUGCGGGCGUAUAGUUACGCCGACGUGCUGUUCGUGACCACCCCGUCCAAGAACAUGCUGGAGUUCAACCUAAGCAGCGAGAAGCUCAUCCUUUUCUCCCCUAAAGCCCCCCAGGUCAAGGCCAUGGUUGACCACUUCAUCACAGAGCUCAGGAAGGACUCCCAGUACGUGGUGGCCGUAAGGAACUACAGCCCGGAGGAUGGGCGCCAGCUCAGCUUCCACAAAGGGGACAUCAUCCACCUGCAGGCACUGGAGCGCCCCGAGAGAGACCAUUACUAUGGCUGCGUGGUCCGCAAGAAGGUGAUGUACCUGGAGGAGUUGAAGACGGGCACCCAGGAUUUUGGGUGGAAGUUCGGAGCCAUCCACGGCAGGUCGGGGCUCUUCCCCACCGAGUACGUCCAGCCCGUCGUGGCCCCCGAUUUUGUCCAUUUGCCAGCCGAGAGGAAAGAGGAGCCCAAGGACAAGCAGGGCAAGGUGGCAGCUUCGGCGGCCGUGGCCGCGGCCGUGGCCUCCACCGCCGUGGCCCAGGAGCUGGACCGGAAAACCGAGGCGUCCCCCGGCGGCACCGCCUUCGCGGAGGGUCCGGAGGGAGACGGUGGCCAGCGCCUCGGGGCCAAUGCAGGGACCUGCCCCAUGCUGGCCUUCGCCCGGCGAUAUUUCCGUGCGGCGCGGCACAGGACCACGGACUCCUCUGGGACAAAAGCCAAGAGGGACGUGUCCGAUGUGCUGGAGAUGCUGACGUUCACCAAGAUCCCCAUCCAGGAGUCGCUCAUCGAAUUCGUGGAUGGUGGCAUCAGCAAAUUGGCGGCUGAGGCUUUUCAAGCCGUGAUGAAGUUCAUGGGCGACCACCCUCUGCGGGGACAGACAGAGCUGGAUGCCAUCUGCACCAUCCUCAAGCUGUGCAAAGAGCACGAAGUCCUGCGGGACGAGCUGUACUGCCAGAUCAUCAAGCAGAUCACCAACAACACCAGCUCCAAUCCGGACAGCUGCCAGAAGGGCUGGAGGCUGCUCUACAUCCUCGCUGCCUACUACAAGUGCUCCGAGGUGCUCAAGCCCUUCCUCCUGGCUUUCCUGCAGGGUGCUAGCAGCCACCCGGAGCUGCCUUUCCAGGGCAUCGCCAAAGCCUGCGAGCAAAACCUGCGGAAAACCCUGCAGUACGGCGGCCGCAGCCUCUUCCCCAGCAGCAUGGAGCUCAGGGCCAUGGUGGCUGGACGCAGCGCCAAGCGCCAGCUCUUCCUCCUGCCCGGCGGCAUCGAGAAGCACCUCAAGAUCAAGACGUGCUCGGUGGCUCUGGACGUGAUCGAGGAGCUGUGCUGCGAGAUGGGGCUCCAGCACCCAGAGGCUUUUGACGAAUACAUCCUCUUCGUGGUGACCGACAGAGGGCAAAGCGUGCGGCCGCUGACCCGCCGGGAAUACAUCCUGGACGUGGCUGCCGAGACGGAGCGCCGGGACACCGGUUACACCUUCUGGUGCCGCCGCGUGGUUUGGAGCCAGCCCCUCAAGUUCGACAACGAGCUCUACGUCACCGUCCACUACAACCAGGUGCUCCCCGACUACCUCAAGGGGCUGUUCACCGUCCUGCCGCCCGCGAGGCCGGGAGAGCAGCACUUCCCGCAAGUAGCCAAGCUGGCCGCCCUCCAGCACCGAGCCAAGGACCGCCACCACCUCCCCACCGCGCGGGAGGUGCAGGACUACGUCCCCCCGCAGCUCUUCCGCCUGCUGAAGCCCCAAUCCUGGCUCCAAAUGGUGACCCAGCACAUGCAGCAAGCCCAGGCGCUCAGCGCCCACCAAGCCAGGGCGCAGUUCCUGGGGCUGCUGAGCGCCUACCCCAUGUUUGGCUCGUCCUUCUUCUACAUCCAGAGCUGCAGCAACAACGCCAUCGUCUCGCCCUGCAUCCUGGCUGUCAACCAGAACGGCCUCAACUUCCUCAGCAAGGAGACCCACGAGCCCAUCGCCAAGUUCUCGCUGAAGGAGAUCCAGUCGACGCGGACGCAGCGGCCGACGGCCGGCUCCAGCUACCCCUACGUGGAGAUCACGCUGGGCGACCUCCUGGCCCAAGGCAUCACCCAGCUGCAGCUGGAGCAGGGCCUGGAGCUGUGUCGCGUGGUGGCCGUGCACAUGGAGAGGCUGCUGGGCGCCCGGGAGAAGAGGCAGACGCUGCCGCCCAGCGAGAUCACCCUGCUCUGAGCUCCCCCCCACCCCGCCGCGGGGACCCCCCGCCGUGGGACACACACACACACGGAUCCCUGGGGGUCCCCGGCCCGGCCGGUGGCCGCCAUCCCCUUCGUCCCCUCCGUGCUGCUCGCGCCUUCGCUGCUGUUCUUGGGGUUUUAUACACGACCCUGAGCCCGGCCCGACUCA